UCUCUCUCUGUCUCUCUCCCUCUCUCUCUUUUUCCCCCACAAUACAAGUCUUCUCUCCAUCAUGAAUAUCGUUGAAUGGGCCUUUGGGAAGCGCAUGACGCCCGCGGAACGGCUGCGCAAGCAUCAGCGAGCCCUCGAUCGCACCCAGCGGGAACUUGACCGGGAACGUGUCAAGCUGGAGAAUCAGGAGAAGAAGCUCGUCCAGGAUAUCAAGAAGAGUGCCAAGAAUGGACAGGUUGGCGCGUGUAAGAUCCAGGCCAAGGACCUGGUGCGGACGAGACGAUAUAUCCAAAAGUUUUAUCAGAUGCGAACCCAGCUACAGGCCAUUUCGUUACGGAUUCAGACCGUCCGCAGCAAUGAACAGAUGAUGCAGUCGAUGAAAGGUGCCACCAUGCUCCUGGGGAGUAUGAAUCGGCAGAUGAACCUCCCCGCGCUGCAACGGAUCGCCAUGGAAUUCGAGCGCGAGAAUGAUGUGAUGGAUCAACGGCAGGAAAUGAUGGACGAUGCGAUUGAUGAGGCAACGGGGAUGGAGGGCGAGGAGGAGGAAGGUGAAGAUAUCGUCAAGGAAGUGCUGGAUGAGAUCGGUGUGAACCUCGGCCAAGAUCUGAGCGAAGCCCCUACCGACCUGCCCAAGACGGCAGUCAGCGAGGGCCGAGUGGCGGAGGCUGUUGGGGCUGGCGGGGCCAGCUCCCAGGAUGACGACCUGCAGGCCAGACUGGACAGUCUGCGGCGGUGAUACCAUGAUCGGAGUUAGUCUGCGCUUUUUGAUCCUGUUUGAUUCUCUCGUCGCAGGAUUUACGUCUUUAUAUCAUGAUUCUCUUUCUUCUUCUCCUUUUCUUUAUUCUUUGUUUGCUGGAAAGCCAAGUUUGCAAAGCUAUUGUGCGUUACGAAUUUUGAUGCUGGUUUGGCCUUGUUUUUUUGUUUUAUGUUU